AUGGAAGUCAACGCAUUGAAUGCAAGUGGCUUUACUGCUUUUGAUAUCUUAAUGCAAAGCCCCAGAGAUUUGAGGGAUAUGGACAUUGAAGAUUACCUUUUAGAGGCCUAUCAUAAAAGGGUUAGCCUCCCCAGAGAUAAAAGCCCUGGCCUCAUCAAAGAGCAUAGGAAUGCUACUGUGGCCUUCCAAGCUGGAAUAAGCCCACCAGGAGGUGUUUGGCAAGAUGAUCUUACAGUUGACUCCAAUGGCAACCCUGUUGAGAACCCCCACAAAGUUGGUAAUGCUGUAAUGCCAUAUAGCCAGAGAACUGAGUAUGGUCUGUACAUGAUAUUCAACACACUCGUUUUUCUUGCAUCUCUCAGUAUGAUCCUUCUACUUUGCGCAAGUCAUUACUUCCUGUCUCUACGCUACAUGUCACCAAAGAAUGUUUAUGGUCACCUCCAUGAUGUAACUGAGACAUUGGCAACAACAUUUGCGUCAAUAGGUGGUUUCGCAGGAAGCGCAGGGAUCACAAGGAAAAAGAAAAAGUACCUUCAGCUCGAAUAG